GGACAAACAAACGACGAACGGUGAAAUUACGUGUUUCCUUUAUCCAUCCAUCUUUCUGGGUUUUUUUUUUAAUUUUUAAUUAUUCUAUAUAACUAAAAUACCCAGAAACGUAAUUUCGUCGAGUUCCAACUUUCAAUUCCCAGAUAAAUUCUUUUCCAUAUAAAGAGAUUCCAAGAUUUUUGUGGAUAAAAUCUUCUCUCUCAGAGAAUCUCUUUUACUCCGUCGAAUCUUCUCCACCUUUUUCCUCCUGGGUUUUCAUUUCUCUGCAACAACAGAAGAAUCUCAAAUCUCUCUCUCUCUCCUCCCAAGAAAAAAGAAGAAAUGGCGAUCAAGACGAAGAGUAGUCUAAUUCCGAGCUGUGCAUCACCGGAGGAUCUGAAACGCGUUUUGCAAACGCUAGGUUCGAGCUGGGGAGACGUGGUUGAAGAUCUGGAGCGUCUUGAGGUUGUUCCGUUGAAAGGAGCCAUGACGAACGAGGUUUAUCAGAUUAGCUGGCCUACCUUAGACGGCGAAGAUGUUCACCGGAAAGUUCUUGUUCGGAUCUACGGAGACGGCGUCGAUCUUUUCUUUAACAGAGACGACGAAAUCAAAACCUUUGAGUGUAUGUCUCACCAUGGUUAUGGCCCUAAGCUCCUUGGCCGCUUCUCCGAUGGUCGCCUUGAAGAAUUCAUCCACGCGAGAACUCUUUCUGCAGGUGAUCUCCGUAAAGCAGAAACAUCUGAUUUCAUCGCAGCUAAGCUAAGAGAGUUUCACAAGCUUGAUAUGCCUGGUCCAAAGAACAUUCUCCUCUGGCAAAGACUCAGGAAUUGGCUCAAGGAAGCCAAGAACUUGUCUUCACCAAUAGAGAUUGAUGAGUUUCGCUUGGAAGCUUUGGAAGGUGAAAUCAACUUGUUGGAGGAGAGGUUGACUCGUGAUGACCAAGAGAUCGGUUUCUGUCACAACGAUCUUCAGUACGGUAACGUCAUGAUUGAUGAAGAAACCAAUGCUAUUACCAUCAUCGACUAUGAGUACUCGAGUUUCAACCCAGUUGCUUAUGACAUCGCCAACCACUUCUGCGAAAUGGCUGCUAAUUACCAUUCAGACACUCCUCAUAUCCUUGACUACACUCUAUAUCCAGGAGAAGAAGAACGGAGAAGGUUCAUCAGCACAUACCUUGGCUCUACAGGGAAUGCAACAAGUGAGGAAGAAGUGGAGAGGUUGAUGAGUGAUGCAGAGAACUACACUUUAGCAAACCAUCUUUUCUGGGGAUUAUGGGGAAUCAUCUCGGGGCAUGUGAACAAGAUUGAGUUUGACUACAUGGAAUAUGCAAGGCAGAGAUUUGAACAGUACUGGCUUAGAAAGCCCCUGCUUUUCAAGGAUGUAGAAUGAUUCACAUUGAAGCCAAUAUACAAAACUGAAUUUCUAAAUGUUUUAGAUGGACAAGAAAGAAAAAGAGUUAGGUGACUCUGUUGUUAUUGUUACUUUCAUCAGUUUGUGUGUUUUGUUCCCUAGAAAAUAGAGGUUUGUAAACUUUCAAAGCAGUACACAUGGAUAAAUAAAACUAUAAACAUAUGCCUC